GUCAUCACGCAGCGCAGGUUUGACGCAGCAGCUGACAGCAGUCUAAAGUCACGCGUUUCCGUUUAUUACUGUUCAUUUUGUAUCUGAAAGUGAGAAAUUGUUUAUUAUAUACUGUGUAUUAUUGACCGACUGGCAAUGCGCGUGCCGUCCUAUGUGCGCGCCUGCGUGCCCGCGCUUCUGCUGCUGUUCGGGCUGCGCGCGUGUUUCGCACUCGAGGAGGAGGAGGAGAUGCUAGUUCAUGAGGACAUGCGGGUGCAUGUGUCUGGUCGCGCGCUGGUCCCGGGUGUGCGAGCACAGGACUGGAUCUCAUCUGCGCGAGUUCUGCUGGAUGGAGAGAAGCACGUGGGGUUCCUCAGGGAUGACGGAUCUUUCACAGUCAGUGAUGUCCCGUCUGGAUCAUAUGUUCUGGAAAUCUCCUCUCCGACUUACAGAUUCCUGCCGGUGCGAGUGGACAUCACCUCUGCAGGGAAGAUGAGAGCUCGUGUGGUGAACUACAUACAGACGUCAGAGGUGAUCCUGCUGCCGUACCCACUGCAGAUGCGGAGUGUUGGUCUGCACCGAUUCUUCACGGAACGCGAGAGCUGGGGCUGGACAGACUUCAUCCUCAACCCUAUGGUGCUCAUGAUGGUUCUUCCUCUUCUUGUCAUCCUCCUCCUCCCGAGAGUCUUCAACCCCAGCGAUCCAGAGAUGAGACGGGAGAUGGAGCAGUCCAUGAACAUGCUGAACUCCAACCAGGAGCUUCCAGACGUCUCUGAGAUCAUGACCAAAAUCUUCACACCAGCCAAAGGUCACGGGAGGACAGUAGAGGGAGCCAGGGGCACUAGGGGCGGAGCCCAGGGCCAAAGGGGUGGUUCUGAUGAUCAGAGAGGCCGGGCUCACGGUCCGAGAGGUGCAGUUGCAAGGCGGAGAUGAUGAGACAGAUACUUUUAUUAUUCGUUAUAAAGAAACUCUACAGGUUUAUCUGCAGUGUUUGAUAAAGAGAGCGAGUACAGUAAACCAGAACACAUUAUCACUGGCUGUCAAGUCAUCCGUCAGGAGAUACUGAAUAGUCUGUUAUUUAUUAAAGGAGUUAUGCAUUCAGAAUAAA